AUGGCGUCAGCCCUGACGCUCUUCCUCCCUCUCCUGCUCCUCCUCUCCUUCCCACACAACUCGGCCGUGGCCGCGACAACUGAUACAGAUGCCGACGCCGGCGUCCUCGAGGCUCCAUCCCCAUUACGACCCGACGGUGACGACGGCGGUGGCGGAUUCAUACAGGGCAUAUUUCGGUCACUGCUGCAAAAUGGGGGCAGCACUGGCGAAGACGCGGGCAGUGCCGCGGAGGGCAGCUCACAGACCCGCCUGUAUGAGCCCGACUUUGGCAUCUUUGACCGGGGGAUUCUGGGCCGGGCCCCACCAGGCGUCUCGUCGCUGACCAACAACGUGCCUGUGACGCUGAAUGUCGUGCCGGGCACGACACAGGUGUUUGUGUUUGAGAAGGCGCUCAUCUUCGGCCGAGAAGCGGAAGAGAGAGAGAAGCAGCGAGACGUCGAGCUGCGGAGACGCGAGGCCGGAUAUGAGGAGGGUGACGGCGACGACGAGCGGGACAAGGGCAGACUCGACCUCGAGGACGGCGGUGACGAUUCGGAGGGGCUGUUGCGGCGGCAAAGCAACGCCACGUCGCGCACUGUCUACUUCUCGGCCAACACGUGCAUCCAGCCGCAGCUGCUGUCGUCCACCAUCAGCGGCGCCGCGCCGCAGCUGACCAUGUACGUGUCGACGACGUCGUCCAACAUCUCGCCGGGCCCGGCCAGCAACCCGGCGCACCAAACGUACUACGUGUUCGAGGAGGGCGCCGUCAUGGCCAGCCUCAACGUGACGGACGACGUGUACAUUGGCAUCUCUGCGCCCAACAUUUCCAGCACGAUGCUCUCGGGAACGUACAACUUCCAGCUGGGCGCGUCGGUCGACGACUACUACCACAGCUACGACAACGAGACGGACGCGAACCUGAUUUGGGUCGACAGCGACUCGAGCGCGUCGCUGCUCAUCACGCACAACCUGACGGACAGCACGGCGGCCGCGACGGACGCCAAUGUGAUGGGCGCCGAGCCGUACGUCAUGUUUGCGCAGAACGUCGACGACCGUUCCGCCGACGGCGUGCGCUUCUCGUACUGCGGCCUGCAGACGUACGCGCAGAUUGCGGCGACGAACAACGGCAAGUUCACGAGCAUGGUCACGACGGGCAUGACGCUGCGCGGGCUCGGCAACCUGCCGAAGCAGCAGUUCUACUUUAGCGGGCUCAAUGCCAGCAGCAACUACGUCGGCAUCCUGGCGGCGCUGCCGCAAAACGGCACCGGCCAGGUCGGGUCCAACGUGGUGGGCGGCGGCGGCAAGGUGGCGCGGGCCACGAGCUUCCAGACCAAGGCGCCCAAUGCCAACUGCGAGGUCAUCUUUGACCUGCCGUUCUGCAACGAGACGGCCUACGCCGUGCCGAGCAACCCGACGCGCUUCACCAACUCGUCGCAGCUCGCGGCCGUCUACGACCAGUACGCGUCCGACAUGUUUGCCAUUUUCAAGAACGUGCUGGCGCAGAUCCCCUGCGAAGCGCCGGACACGCAGCGCUACUCGCUGGCGCGCACGUGCGCCGACUGCGAGGCCGCGUACAAGAACUGGCUGUGCUCGGUGGCGAUCCCGCGGUGCUCCGACAUCUCGGACAACUCGACGUGGCUGCAGCCGCGCGCCAUCAGCCAGCCGAACCCGAUCACGGGCGAGUUCCUGGCACCGGACCUGGCGGCGCAGUACCCCAACACGACAGCGUUCAACUCGUCGCGCAACCCUUUUAUCGACGACACGAUCGCGCCCGGCCCGUACAAGGAGGUGAUGCCCUGCGAUGACCUGUGCUAUAACUUGGUGCAGAGCUGUCCGUCGAACAUUGGCUUCUCGUGCCCACUGCCGGGCUACAUUGGCUUCAACACUAGCUACGGCCGACGGUCGGAGGCGGACCAGGACGGCUUCGUGACGUGCAACUACCCCGGCUCGGCCCAUUACUUCUCUGCCGCGCCGGCAGGUCCACAGCUCUCGUGGCUCGCCGUGAUGGUUGUAACGUUUGCUGUGGUUAUGGUGUAG